AUGGGAAGAUUGAAUAAUGCUGAGUUUUUAAGCCAGUUUGCCGAAACCUUGACCAAGAAUAAUGGUGAAUCAUCAGUAUAUUUAACUCAAAAAAGAUUAGUACCUUCAUUAGAUGUAGAAGACAAUAAGGGGAUUAAUGAUUUAUCCUCAAAUGUGAUCGAUCACAAAUUGUUUGAUAAGAACACUCAAGAAUACCCAAUAUUGAUAAGAUUGUCCAUGAACGGUAAAAAUAAAGAUAAGUUGAAGUUAUCAACAGUUGUAGAAAUUGAUCAAUUAGAUCAAUUUUGGAUCGAUUAUGCUCAAACCAUAAAAGCUGGAUUUGUUGGUUUGAAGAAGAAAGAUAAAAAGAAGAGUAAGAAGAAAGUAUCAAAAUAA